GAGCAGCAUACCAAAAAGUCCACAAAUCACUCGCGCGAGCACGUCUAUCUCAAUUCUCAACGCGUUCCCAUCCCCCUUUUCCCUCCGGUACAGCCUCCAAAAUCGCCGCCUCCGACCGCCGAAAUUUGGCCGCUCCGCCGCCAAUUAACGCCGGGAACCAACCUUCCCGUCCACCGCCUGCGCGUGUGUCGGGUCGGCGGAGCUGCAAGUGGCUUGACGGUCGUGUGGUCCACGCUAUCCGGUGACGGUGCCGCCCUGCCGUGAUGGUUCUCGCGUGUGGCCGCCGGUGCCGCCAAGGAUCGUCGGGCGAGAUCCAUUAGGACACGGCGUUCAGCGUGCCGACCACUCCUCCUCUUCUCCGGCGAGGAGACUGGCCUGGGCGCCUGGUUGCCGCGCAAGUCGUGGUCACCGCCUCCUUCCUGGAUCUAGUGGCUGCAAUUAGCGGUACUGUCCACGGCCAUCGCGGUCGCGGAGCACCGAAGCACGCUUGGCAACACCCGCGUAUCUUCGUCGCCGUCGAGCGGCAUCCAGGAUCUGCGGAACUCCCAGGAGACAGAGAGCCAGAAGAGGACAGAAAGAUAGAAGAGAAAGAAAUCUCUGCCGGUCCCACUCCUGACCGGUUGCUUUUCUACGUACUCUCCUUUUCUCCUGUCUCCCGGUGCUCACACUAGUAUACAAGAAGAAAACAAAUUCUAGAGACCUUCAGAGAACAUACAAUGUCCAACUUUGCGCUUGGGUUGACGAAGACGGCAGUGGAGGGGACAUUGAGCAGGGUCCAGUUAGCGAUCGAUGAAGAGAACAAGCUGAGGGAGACGGCAAAGCAAGACCUGCGGUAUAUCACAGCUGAAUUUCAGAUGAUGCAAUCCUUUCUAAAGGUUGCUAACAAGGAGCGUGCUAGUAAUGAAGUGGUGAAGCAGCUCCGGGACCUUGCUUUUGAUGUCGAAGACUGCGUUGAGUUUGUUGUUCAUCUGGACAACAACGAGUCGUCCUUGACCUGGUUGUGGCGCCUGCUGCCGUCCUGCAUGGCACCGUCUCAGACUCGGGACCUGGACAAGGCAGUCACUGAGUUAAAGGUGCUCAAGGCAAGGGUCGAGGAUGCAAGCCAGAGGAACACACGCUACAACUUCAUCAGUGAUGCCGGCUCCCAAGCCGAUACCACCACGCCGACCGAGCAGGCCUCUCUGUCCACCAUCAACCCAUCCGCAUUCCACAUGCUAACUGAGGUCUGGGAGGCUGCUGGGAAGCGACGCGGCAUGAGCAACCUACAGGACUUGAUCAUGGGUGAAGGCAGUGACCUUCAAAUGAUCUCCAUAUGGGGAAGUACGGCAGCUGAUUUUGGGACAGCGUCCAUUUUCAGCAUGUUGUAUGGCGACCCAGAAAUCUGCCGAGCAUUCAGAAGACGUGCAUGGGUAAAGUUGAUGCAUCCUUUCAAACCUGACGAGUUCCUCAAGAGUUUGCUGACUCAGUUCUACGUGAGAUCUCACCAAGAAAACAUAGAUGUAGAUCAUCUCACGAAGGCUGAGCUCAUGCAACAAGUGAAGGUGCACAAGUAUCUCAUCAUUCUAGAAGAAGUAUCCGGUGUGGCGGACUGGGAUGCCAUCCGAGAGUACCUGUCGGACAAUGAGAAUGGCAGCCGAAUCAUCGUGUCCACAAAGCAAUUAAGGAAUGCACUCUUGUGCACAGGGGGCGGGGAGUACCAAGUUUCAGAGCUCAGGAGAUUCUCUGAUGAUCAAUCUCUUUGUGCCUUCUCCAAGAAGGCAGGGCGUCACAGUGGUAUGCACGAUCUUAUUUGGCAAAUAAGGUGUCGUGGUGUGAUUUCACUAUGGGGGAUUAGCUAUGCCAAAUCAUCACUCAUCAAUAAAAUUUACACCAGCAUAGUGUAUAAGAGUAAACAAUUCGAUGGAGUUGAAUUUCAACGACACAGCUGGGUGGACGUGCCCGCUCCUUUCAAUUUUGGGGUCUUCUCUCGGCGCUUACUUGUAAGUUUCCGCUCAGAAGAUCUUCAAGCCGAAGAAAUUGCAAGGGUUGGUAUGAUGGGAGCCAGGCCUAACUCAAGAGUGUUGCAAGUUUCUGAUUGCCAAAACUAUGGAAUUAGAGGGAAGGAGGCUACUCACAGGGGUCGCCUUUUCUCCAUCAGAUUGGGGGAGACGCGUGAAUGGUUCACAAAAUUUGGACACAUGUAUCGGGAAGAAGUGAGGGACCUUUGGUUUCUUUUAGACAAUCCUGGUGUGAGCUCGUUGUGGGGACCUGCUGGUGCUGGGUUAUCAACUCUUGUUAGAAUCUUGUACUACAAGGUAAUGCUUAGGUCUGAUGCUUCUUGGGAGUGGGAAUAUCAAGAGAGGCCAGUUAACUGGGAAGAGAAAAUUACAAUGUUUAGCUGGGUUGAUGUGCCCCAUCCUUUCAAUUUAAAAGACUUCUGUUGGCGCUUGUUACUGGAUUUUCGUUCAGAUGAUCUUCGAGCCAAGAAAAUUGCUGCAGUUGGUAUAAUGGAAGGCCAAGACCCAAUUCAACAGUGUUCUAAGAUUCUGCAUGAAGACGAAUGUGUCAUCGUUAUUGAUGGUCUACGGUCCACCGAUGAUUGGGAUUUGAUAAAAUCUGCCAUAUUACCUGACCCAAUUACCAGCCAUAUUAUUGUCAUUGCAAAUGCUGCAAGUGUUGCCACACAUUGCGUAGAUAAGGAAGAUCGAGUGAUCAAGAUAAAUUGUCUAGAAGCUGAUGUGACCAUUGGUCCCCCGAUAAAGGGUUGUGCUUCUCGUGUAUUCUCCAACAGGAGAGCAGAGGCACGUGCCUUGGUCAACACAUUUACACUUCUUGGGCAUCAGAAUCGAUCAGCUGCUGACCUUCGCUGCAGUUUAGAUUCCUCAGGUCCUAGUGUGUCCUCGUUGUGGGGAAUUGCUGGUGUGGGGAAGUCAGCCGUGGUCAGAAGUCUGUACAGCCACCUGUUGCUUGGACUGGAUCAAUAUUUCAAGUUUGGCAGCGGACACAACCUCACUGAUCCCCGAACGGAAUUUACAAUGUGCAGUUGGGCAGACGUGCGUCAUCCAUUUAAUUUGACUGACUUGGCUUGGCAUUUGCUCCUGGAUUUUCAUUCAGAUGAUUUUCAAGCUAAGGAAAAGGCAGCAAUUGGUAUCAUUGAAGGGCAAGAUCCGGUUCAAGAGUGUCGUAGAAUUCUGUCUGAGUACAGAAGUCUCGUUGUUAUCGAUGGCUUACGGUCUAGAGAGGAUUGGGACUUGAUAAAAGCCGCCUUCGUACCCGAUUCUACGAAUGCAUGUAUCAUUGUAAUUACAAAUGAAGCAAGCGUGGCUACACAUUGUGUAGAUAAGGAAGAUGGAGCGGUCAAUGUCAAAUGUCUUGAAGCUGACAUGGCGCUCAUUCUCUUCAAACAGAUCACAAAGGAUGGGAUAGAAUUGACUCCUGACGAGAUGGAGCUCUCCAAAGUUACCGUAGGCAGAUGUGGUGGGAUUCCUAAAGUUAUUGCUACUAUAGGCCAACUCUUCACCAAAGAGAAUGCCGCUAGAAGGCACUGGUCUGUAUUGGCCACAGAUUUGUUGAAGGAGAUAAAUGAUGACUUUAUGCACAAGUUGGAGACCGAUCAAGAAUUUCACAGUUUAAGGGAUCUAUUCUCUUGGAUGCGGUCCUACUUUGAUGGUUGCUCAGAUUCCCUCAAGCCAUGUAUUUUCUAUCUGUCAAUCUUCCCUCCAGAGCAGAAGCUAAGGCAGAGGCAUUUGUUGAGGCGGUGGAUUGCUGAGGGUUAUUGCAGGGACACGUAUAAUGCUACUGCAGAGGAGAAUGGGAAGAGAUUGUUCAUGGAACUCGUUAGUUUGAGCAUAAUCCAACGAUGUCAGAAGACGAUGAAGUGCCUAUACCAAGUCAAUGGUUUCUUUCAUGAAUACACCAUUUCACGGCGAAUGGAAGACAACCUUGUCUUUGCACUAAAGGGGAAUUGCAGCCCGAACUCGCAACAUGCAGGUCAACACCUCACCAUAAGGGAGGACUGGGACAGGGACAUCACAGUGUUUAAGACCAUGGAUUUCUCACUACGGUCCUUGACUGUGUUUGGGAAGUGGAUCUCAUUCUUCCUCUCCUCUGACAUGAGUCUACUUCGGGUGUUAGAUAUGGCGGACACAUCAGGUAUACUAGAUGCUGACCUUGAGCAGAUCGUGAAGGUGCUACCUCGUCUUAAGUUUCUCUCUCUGCGAGGAUGCAAAGAGAUAAGCCAUCUACCGGAAUCAUUCGGUGGCCUGAGGCAGCUGCAAACUUUGGAUAUCAGAGACACCUCAAUUUCCAUGCUACCAUCGUGUGUCAUCAAGCUACAGAAGUUGCAAUACAUUCGUGGUGGCACCAUCAUAUCAUCAGAUGAAGGUGAUGAAUCUGUUGCAAGUGUACCAACAACAAACGUAGAACAAACAUCAUUGCCACCGGAGGGCAGUGAUGACAUGGUCACAACACUACCGGAAACAACAGAGGAGGUUCAGAUAUCAGCACCACCUGAAGGUAGUGAUGACGUGGUCACAACACUACCGGAAACAACAGAUGAGGUUCAGAUAUCAACACCACCUGAAGGUAGUGAUGACGUGGUCACAACUCUGCCGGAAACUACAGAGGAGAUUCAGACAUCAGCACUACCAGAAACGAGAACAGAGGUUCAGACAUCAACAUCACCUGAGGGCAAUGAUGACAUGGUCACAGCACUACCGGAAACAACAGAUUUUCAGACAUCAACACGGUUGUCAUGGAGCUACCGGCCAUGUAGUUUGGUGUCUAGCUGGUUAUCCAAGUUGCGCAGACGCCGACUUGAUAAUGAUGGUGUUGAGGUUCCUGCAGGGAUUGGGAGCAUGACAGCAUUGCAUACUAUUGGUGUUGUGAAUGUCAAUAUUCCUAAUGGAAAGGCAAUCCUAAAGGAGCUUCAGAACCUUACACAACUGCGCAAGCUCCGCGUUUCUGGCAUAAACAGGCAGAACAUACAAGAAUUGUGUAAUUUCAUCUCCGGCCACAAGCAUCUGGAGUCCUUGUCAGUGCGACUCGAUAAGGAUAAGGAUAAGGAGGGGUCAUUUGCUUGUUUCGGUGACAUGAUUUCCCAGCCACCCAAGACCCUAAAGAGCGUUAAGCUAUACGGACAUGUAAACAAACUGCCAAUUUGGAUCAAACAGCUUCAUAAUCUCAAGAAGUUUUAUCUUGAGUUGACUAUACUAGUGCCGGAGGACAUGCACUUCUUUGGUGAAUUGCCAGAUAUAUAUUGCUUACAUCGCCUUUGUGUCAAGCCGAUUCAAGAUGGUGAACUCCAUUUUAGCACCCUGGGAGAUGUUAUCUUUUGGAGAUUACGGGUCCUAGAGAUCAAUUGCACCUCCAAGUUACUGGUAACUUUUGUAGAGCCGGUGAUUUGGGAAACUGUGGUGCUGAAGAUUCACUGCUCUGGUGGGGCGUCCUUGCAGAUUUCUGGAGUAGAGCAUCUACUUAGUCUCAAAGAACUGUGGCUAAAGGGUUCCUACAGCGACGAACUGAAACGAGAGUUACAAGAACAAGUUUCCAAGCAUGAAAAUAAACCUGUCUUGAAGCUAGUGCAGCGACACUCGCCCUAAUAGGCUCUCUCUAUUCGUGUGUUGUUAUUUCUGUACUUGUAAGCUGUAACAAAUCCUGUAGGAAGGAGUAUGUUCUGCAUUGGUAUCGACUUUGCACUCAUAUAUAUGAACUUCUGACAAAAAAAAUGUUCUUAUGUUGUCUGUA